AUGAAGUUCGGACUCAUCGCUAUACUUUUCGCAACAGUUGCUGCUGCUGCUGAUGCGGAUACAAGGUGGUGUAAUUACGGAACAAGUGACCCUGCCCUCACUUGUGAGAGUGGACAAUACGUUUACUGCUGUGACCAAAUUAUCAAUACCCAGGUCGAGCCGGCACGCAAGCAAGGUUUCCCAGUCAAGCGCUCUUGCGGCAGGGAAGGCAUAAGCUGUACGGUCAAGAACAACGCGGGUGCUGGUCUCAACGGUACUCAAGCUAACUCUGGAACAGCAUGCCGCUUGCGUAAGAACAUUCACCAGGCACGGCCAGGUUCAAGCUAA